AACAUUCAGAUGCCCUUGCGAAUCACGUCUGUAUCCCGUCGACGGGAUAUGUUCCCCUCGCGCCGGUCAUCAAGGUAUCGACCGAACGCGCCCUGGUCAUCAAGGUCGACCCGCGGCGCGCGCGCGACUGCAUAUGUACAUAAGUAGCUUAUCUCCUACACUGCGCGGGCGCCCCGCGUAUCUCAGCUUCCGCAAUCUCCCCGCCAGCAGCAGGCGGUGGCAAGUGCGGCGGCCCGGGCCGGGUUACUAAUACGGGGAAUAAUGUGUCGCGUCGAUGGCGCGGAGGAACCUAGUGUGUCGAGGCGCUAGCAAAAAAAUAUAAUCCUCAGCUCCCAGGGACUUGGGCAGCCAGGUCCGUGGGGAGAAGCAAACGUCAAGCUGCGACGUUUCAGUACAAGCUUGCCACUGCCUGCCUGCGACAGCGUGCGAACUCUUAGGAGUAACCAACACCUACCGUAGUAGAACAGGCCCCGAAAAUCCUAUCACUCCCAGCAACAGUGCAGAGCCUGCGCGUGUUUCUACCGCACAAAUAACAACCCACGACAAGCCAUGGAGCACGUCAACGCCGCCUACGAGUCGAUCGUCGGCAGCCCGCUGCAGUACGAGCGCAAGACCUACCUCGACGGCCUGCAGGAGGCGAAGCGGAGCGUCACGAAACAGGAAAAAGCUCUCACGGUCACGCACACCAUGCCCUUCAACAAAUACAAAGUGUUCUUCGGCUUCCUCAAGUCCUACGUCACCAUAUACAUAUUUGGGCACGCACCCCACGAGUUCCCGGCCUGGAACGCGCUGCAGAUGCUGGUCUUGUAUCCGGUAACGGUUUACCGCUGGGCCAGGCUCAAGUGGCUCGUGUUUCUUACGGAAUUUUGCUGGGUUUCGAAUCUAUUCCUCGCGGGAUACUGUAUCACGUUACAUAUACGCCCGGCGCUCGUGCCGCCGGAGCACCGCACGACGAUGACGCACUUCUUCUUCGCCGUGGCCGCGGGCCCGCUUCAGGCCGCCGUUGUUCUACUGGGCAAUGCGCUUGUGCCGCACAGCCCCGACCACAUGAUGUCGCUGCUGAUCCAUCUGCAGCCGGCGAUGACGGCCUACUGUUUGCGUUGGCUCGACGUCGACCGGGAGCUCUUUCCCAUCGAUGCCUCCGUGGACUUCCAGACGUACGCUUUACCCCCGGUGAUCUUUCUCUUAAUAUGGGCGAUCCUCCACGCGACCUUCUUCAUCGUCUGGGGCCUGGACUUGGGCGACAAGGGCUAUGCGACAACGUUCCAUUAUAAUUUGGGCGGGGGCAAGGGCAACAACAUCUUCACGAAGGUCCUGGGCAAGCUCGGCGACGGCAGCGACCGCGUGCGCUUCAUCCGCUACGAGUGCUUCAGCAUCGUCUGCAACGCCCUGACGCUCUGCGCGACCUACGUCCUCUUCCGGAGCUCGAUGCGGAUCCACUUUUGUGUGCUCGGCUUCGUCGGCACAAUGAGCUCCUACAACGGCGCGAGCUGGUACGCCUACCGCUUCACGAAGUUCUCGAAGGAGCUCGACCGCCUCAUCGCCGACGCGAAGAAGGACGAAUGAAUAAGUUUUGAAUCAACGACCA